UCUUCUUUCUUCUUCUCAUGCUCCAACGAAAAUGGCGAUUCCUUUUGCGAACCUACUGUUAUCGACGAAACUCGUUGUUAUCUGCACUGGAGUCUUCUCAAUUGCUGUGAUUUUGAAGCAAUCGACGCCGUUAAUAUCUGAUUUUGCAGUCACUGGACUCCCUCUAAUAUAUGGCUCUGUGAUAUCAUGGCUACAGCCGCCAUAUCUGUACCUAGUUAUCAACUUUAUCAUCAUCUCCAUUGUCGCAACAUCCAAGCUCCAACAGCACCGCCAACACCCAAAUCUGGAAGACGUCUCUGCACCGUCGCCAGAGAUUCUCCCUCAGCCACUGCCAGAAGAGGAUGUUGGUUCUCUAGAUAUUCCAGCAGAGUACCUACCGGUGACUGAUCAGACGGUGCAAGAUGGAAGAGUGAUGGAGGAGGAGGAGGAGGACGCGAGGUUGUUGGAAAUGGACGGUGCUUAUUAUACGGCGGUGUUGCGACCACUGGAAAGGAGUGAUUCCGGUGAAGCGUUGAUUGAAAAGGAGAAAUACAUCUCGAGACCACCUGUUUCGGCGAGGUUCGUUCAGAAGAAAAGUUUGAAAGCCAGUACUGAAGGGGGAAAGGCGUUGCGAGUGUGGAAGCCGAAGCGGCAGGACACGCUGGAGAGCACGUGGAGGACGAUAACGGACGGCAAAGCGAUGCCGUUAACAAGGCACCUGAAGAAGUCUGACACGUGGGACUCACGUGCUCGAGCUGUUGCAACCUCCUCUCCGGUCCAACCUCCCCUGUCAAAGAUCAAGAAAUCCGAGACCUUCAAUGACCAUACAACCACAAUCGCGGGAGAGAAGGACGAAAGUUUGCCGAGUAGCAGCGGCAGACUCAGAAAAGAGCCGUCGCUGAGCCAGGACGAGUUGAACCGGAGAGUUGAAGCUUUCAUUAAAAAGUUCAAUGAAGAAAUGAGGUUACAGAGGCAGAAGUCAUUGGAUCAAUACAAACAGAUGUUUGGUGUCACGGGGUAAUAGGCAUUUUUGUGUUCAUGGCAAAGCUUCAUGAGAGCUGACCGUUGCAAAGAGUGUUGGUCGGUGCCUCCGUCGUUUGAUGGGAUACUCGGAAAAGUCUGCCGCGGCAAAAAGAAAGAGCAAUUUUGCAGGGAUGAGUUCUGGUGUUGAGCAGAUUCAAUGGUUGGCAACUAAAACAAGUAUUGUAAAUUAGUUCAGUUUCAGGGAAAAAAAUAACAAGAAUUUAUCACGUAUAUUCGUUUUCAUUAUUCAUUCCUUUUUAUUUAGGAUUAUAUUUUUAUCAUAUAUCAUUUCUUACUAUUUCAAUCUA